ACACUAGAGUAAGAGAAGACAAUUGAUGGAGCAAGCCUGUGCACGUGCAUACUGUGAUGAGGUCAGCUGCCCACUGGAAGGGCUUGGGUUCAGCUGGGAUCACCUCUAGCAGUCGUUAUCAAUCCUGGCUGGAUAACAGAAUCACUUGGGAAGAUUUUAUUUUUUAAUUUCCAUGUCUAGGACCUGCUCAUAAAGAUGCUGAUGUAAUCAGUCUUAUGUGGGGCCAGGAUGGUUUUUAAUGGUGCCUAGGAGACUAUGGUGUUCAGAGAGAGCUGAGAGAUAUGGUGUGAACCUGUCGUGAUUCUCCUCCUGGUUUUGAUACUAAUUAAUGAAAGAACCAUGGCCCUUGGCUAAGAGUGAGGGUGUGGAAGAUGACCUGAAAGUAAAGCAAAGAAGGGAACCUGCAAGUAUGGGAGAAAAAAUGGACCAAGGCAAAUACUGUAUUUUUUAAAUGGGACCUAUAGAAAAAAAAAAAAGAUAUAAAGAAUAAGCACUACAAAGAAGGAUCAAAUAUGAUUCAAGAGUUUCAGUAAUGGAUUGGCAUGGACUCACCACUCCUUUGUCCUUAUUCUUAGGACAUAAUUAAUUUCCUGUCCUGAAACUUCCUAUAGUUUCUAGAAUGCAUCUGUGCUAAAUUUGUCUUCCCAGAAAUUAUUUCACAUGUAUAUAUGGAUACCAUUUUGGUGGAAUAUAAUAUAAUCUUAUCAAUAGGCAGUCAAUAUUUGUUACAUGGUUAAAAUAUGUUGGUAACCACAAAUACCCAGCAAGGAUUUCUUAACAUGUAUUUUUAAGUGUAAUAAAUGGAUAAGUGUAUUAUGUAUAGCAGUUUGUUUAUAUUAUGAAUAUUGGUAUAAAGACACUAAAAUCUAAGCAGGCAGUCAGAUCUGAUUUUUUAAUUCAAAAGAAGCAAAGAGUAAUUUUUUAUUUGAAUUAAUACAUGAUUAACUUUUAGUUGUGUUUUAUUUUAUUUAAGAAAUUGCUUUUUUGUGUAUUUAUUUUUUGAAUGGCAAAGGAGAGAAAGAACUGGAUAGAAAAGUCUCACAUUUUGCAUGGUGUAAUGAUCAUGUUAAGGUCCUCAAAGUGAUAGGAACACUAGGAAGCAGACAAAAAUAAUCACCCACACAGAAACAUACACAUGUGCACACACACAAUGUGUUUUGCAUGCUUUCUCUGUGUACACAGCAAACUGUAUACACCUUUCCUAUAUGCUAUGUUAAUGCUUUAUGACAGUAAUGACACAAAAAUUUCUCAAGAUAUUGGAAGGAAAUAUCCUCAGCAAGGCAACCAUAUAAUUUCAUCUCUUUUAGUGAAUAGUUUCCAUUACUAAUGGGAGCAAAAGUGAUGGACUAUAGUGAAGGUUAUCUUCAGCAUCAAAUGAUGAAGAAAUAGUUGACUCCUAGAACUCAGUGAAAGAGUUUGAAUAUGUAACAAUUAUUAUAAUUUCAAAUGCAUUAUUGCAAUGUAAAAAUUAAAAUAUUUGGCUCUAGAGGGUGUCUGUUCAGCUCAGACUGCUAUAUCAAAAUAUAGACGAAGCGGCUUAAGCAGCAGACAUUUAUUUCUCACAGUUCUGAAGACUGGGAAGUCCUAGAUCAAGGUACCUGGCUUGCUGACAGCCACCUUCUUGCUGUGUCCUCACAUGAAGAGGAAGCUCUGAUUUCUUUUCUUUUAAGAGUGCUAAUUUUAUCAUGGGACUCCAUCUCAUAAACUCAUCCAACCUAAUUCCCUCCCAAAGGCUACAGCUCCUAAUACCAUCACCUGAGGGUUAGGGCUUCUACGUAUGAUUUUUGAGGGAAAGGAACUUCUAUGUAUGAUUUUUGAGGAAAAGUAUGAUUUUUGAGGGAAAGGAACAUUUAGUCUGCAAUAGGGCAUAUUUAUUUGGUACUUGGAGCUGACCCAAGUAUAAAAUAAUGGAUAUACAUGUAUUACUUCCCUUGAGUUUCUCAUCUACCUUGGAAAUACCAUUGUGAGUACUCAUAUACCCCACUGUGCUAGGGGAAAAAUAUGAAUUUCUUACAAUUUAAGAAAUUUGGAUUGCAAAUGAAAGUAAUCUGUUUAGAGACAGUAUAACGUCUCUAGCAUAUGUAUUACUUCUCUCAAAAAUGCAUAUAAGAAAAAGUUUUCACUUCAUAGUAGUGAUAUUUUUAUUUAUCUUUAAGCUAUUGAAAUAGUCAAAUGCAUUUGUUUAUGCAAUUGAGAAAGUAAAAAAAAAUUGCCAUAAGAAAAAAGUUUCCAUUUAAAUUAUUGUUUAAACUUGCAGAUUGUGUAUUUGUAUGAAUAAUUUUAUCUCUUAUUUCCAAGUACUUUUAUUGGCUGGCUGAGUAUAAAGAAUCAAAUAUACUUUUUCAAAGGACAACAUGUCUAUGGUGUUUUUAUGUUAAGGUUUAUAGUAUGUCAUUUAAAAGCAAUUCGGGAUUUUUUUUUUUUUUUUGCUUUAUAAAUGUAUUUUUGUCAGUGUAAAUUUAGUGUCUUUGAUGUUUUUAUUGUUCUCUUCUGGGAGUUGGUGAUAUUUCAGUGUGCAAUUUGUCAUUUUAAUAUGCUGCAUCAAUCCAAAAUGUGUUCAACAACUCUUUUUCCCUCUAAAAGGAAACCUGUCCUAAAUUUUCUUUUAAGGCUGUUAAUUCAACUCCAUUUGAGUUACACCACAUGAAGGAAAAGGGAAGAAGACUGAGGGAGAGAGAUGGAGAAAUAGAGUGAAUAGGUGACUUAAAGAUCAGAGUGGAAGCACAUAGGGAAAGUUUAAGAAGGAAUGUGAAUUCCCCUAUUGGAAUUGCCACUCCCAAUUAUUGCUUCUUACUGAUUAGUCCACAAUGUGUUUCCAUUACAAGUAACUGCUAAUGUUAUUAUCUGGUGCCUUGCCGGUAUGCUCGGUACUCUCCGAGCUUUACAUGACUUGACUUACUCCUUUCAAUCACAUAUGUAGUAGGUACAUAUGCUAUUGGAAGUAGGUAGGACGUGCACCCCACUUGGUGGGUGAAGCAGUGGAGCCUUUGAAGAAGUAACUGCUACCUCAGGGCUUCCCGAGUUGAGAGACCAUGUUUUUAUAGACAACAUCAUCCUGCAAAACUUAUUUAUGUGGUAUAGUUAGAGAAACUAUUAACUCCAUUGGUUGAUUUACCUUCCUUGCCAUUUGAAAUUCUUUCUUCCUGCUUUCUAGUGGAGCUCUCUGCCUGCUGUCAAGGGAAUGUCCAAAGGCCAGGAGAAGUAUUUUUUUAUGCUUUGGGAUUUUCCAUCUUCUUUCCCUGAUCAAUCCCUCCUCGUUCUUCUUCCUUUUUUUUUUUUCAAAAGCAAUAUUAUUUAUUUACUACUUAAUAUGCCACAUGUUUACUAAGGACCUAUUUCAGUCCAGUCACACAAAGAACUUGUAAGCCUAUUUACAGAACUAUAAUAUCGUACUUUAUUUAUAUCCCCAUUUUAUCACAAAAUUGUAGGUAAUCUAUUAGGAAAAUUGAAAAAUAUCAAAAUGUAACACUGGGAUAUCUCUGUUUUCUUCUCCUACUCCUCAGACCCUUGUACCAGCUUCCUUGGUUGGUUCCCUCUUCUAUUGAUCUCAGACUCUUGAUUCUAACUCUCUUUCUACCCAUCUUCUCUGGGAGAUCUCAUUUUCCCCCAUUGCAUCCACCUCACCCACUCUAAUUAUGCUAAAUCUGUAUCCAGACCUUUUUCCUGAGUUCCAGUCUUAAUUUUUCUGAUGAUCUUGCCUUUAUUAAUUGUCGUGUUCAAAGCUGAAUAUAUCCACCCUCAUCUUCUUCCCAAACCAAAACUUCCUCUGUGAUUCUCAAUUGAUGUUGCCAUCACUCCCCUGGUCUUCCAGGACAGAAACCUUGAAGUCACUUUGAUUUUGGUGCAGUUUUGUAAAGUACUGAUGGCUUUACCUCUUCUGAAUAAUCUACAGGAAAUAUCAACUGUCUACAUGCCAUUCAGAGCCCUCUAAAUAGAUGCCUAAAAUAUAUCGGUGUUCAAUACACAUUGGAUGAUGUCUUCAUUGAUAGGCUGGACAUCUCUUCAUUUAGACGUUCAUGGGUAAAUCAUUAGGACCAACCUUUCUCUCCCCUAUGUACCCCAUUCCCAAAAGCGUAGACCGAGGUUAAAGAACAAAUUUCAUAUAUGCCUUAAGUGUUUCAUAUAUAAAAAGUGAAAUAAGACUGCCUGUUUACUUAGUUUGUGAUUAUUUAGUCCAGCUGUGUCCUUGUAUUUACUAGAUUGUCUCAGAAGUUAAAAAUUCUGCAGUAGUUGGUUAUCAAGUAAGCUUAUUUAAAAAAAAAUUGUCUCCUAGUAUCUAGGGUAUAAAGAUAGAAGGAGCCUGUUAUAAUUUUCACAACUAGCGUUUGGUGAGUGCUGUUUUUACGAGUGUGACCCAUCUGGGCUGGCACUGUUUCCACAGUGGUGGUGAUGGCGUUUUAUUGGAUGCAGCUUUAUCCUCUCUCCCUGACCUCCCCACAACCAGCUACACAAAUUGGCAGUUAGAAAAUGUGGCGCUCAAUAAGCGGAUUUAAGCUGACACUUCAGAAAUUGAAAUCAGAGCCCUGCCACCUUUAGAAUCCGUCAAAUCUACUAAGAACGUGACCAGGCCCGGAUCCAUAUAUGCAUUUUUAAAUGAACAUUACUGGAUGUGGUGUAUGUUAAGUACUCUGCAACGAUGAUAUGUUAAGUACUCUGCAAGGAUGACUAUUUCUCCAACUCAAAAUUCGGAGUGUAUUUGACAUGGAAUAUAUGUACACUCUCCCCAGAAGAGUCAGAUUUAACCACCACGAAUAUCUCCUAUAUUAGAUACUUCGGGUUGUAGAGCAAAUAUAAAACAUCAGCCUGUCCUAAGGAAGAAAUGGGGAGGCAACAUUCCCAGCGAAAAAACAUUGACAACAUGGUGCUGUCUGCAUCUUCCCUGUUCCAGAGUGGCACCGAGCCUGGCAGAGAGGGAAGUGGCAGCUUCAUCAGCGUCACUCCCAUUUCAUUAACUGCUCAAUAGGAUGGGACCAUACCGCCCUCUGAAUGUGAAGCUGUGGAUUCUUCCUUUCCUCUUACUUAGCACAGGAGGGGAAGGAUGCAGGAAGAAGUAGCUCAGAUAAGAUGUUUGCUGGGGCAGCUACAAGGUACAAAAGAAUGACUUCUGGAUUUUAGACAAAAAGGUGCUUCGGCUCCUGAAGGAGGGGGCAGACCCCCACACCCUCGUCUCCUCGGGAGGGUCCCUGCUCCAUCUGUGUGCUCGGUAUGAUAAUGCCUUCAUUGCAGAAAUUCUGAUUGACAGAGGAGUCAACGUUAACCACCAGGAUGAAGAUUUCUGGACGCCCAUGCACAUUGCCUGUGCAUGCGAUAACCCUGAUAUUGUCCUGCUUCUUGUAUUAGCUGGAGCCAAUGUCCUUCUCCAGGAUGUGAAUGGAAAUAUCCCAUUAGAUUAUGCCGUAGAAGGGACAGAAUCCAGCUCUAUCCUAUUGACCUAUCUGGAUGAAAAUGGAGUGGAUUUGACCUCACUGCGCCAGAUGAAGCUUCAGAGACCCAUGAGCAUGUUAACAGAUGUCAAACACUUCUUAUCAUCUGGAGGAAAUGUCAAUGAGAAAAAUGAUGAAGGAGUAACCCUGUUACACAUGGCGUGUGCGAGUGGCUACAAGGAGGUGGUGUCUCUUAUCCUGGAACAUGGUGGAGACCUCAACAUAGUAGAUGAUCAGUAUUGGACUCCCCUCCAUUUGGCAGCCAAAUAUGGCCAGGCAAACCUGGUGAAACUUCUUUUGAUGCAUCAGGCAAACCCACACCUUGUGAACUGUAAUGAGGAGAAGCCGUCAGAUAUUGCUGCAUCUGAGUUUAUUGAGGAAAUGCUGCUCAAAGCCGAAAUUGCCUGGGAAGAAAAAAUGAAAGAGCCUCUGUCUGUUUCUACCUUAGCACAAGAAGAGCCCUAUGAAGAGAUCAUCCAUGAUCUCCCCGUGCUGUCGAGUAAGCUCAGUCCCCUGGUGUUACCAAUUGCCAAGCAAGACAGUUUGUUGGAAAAAGACAUUAUGUUCAAAGAUGCAAUGAAAGGUUUGUGUAUGCAGCAGUCUCAGGACAGCACCCCUGAAAACCCCACGAUGGGCUGUUCCACCAAACCCGAGCAGGUCAAGCUAAUGCCUCCUGCCCCAAACGAUGACCUGGCAACGCUCAGCGAGCUCAAUGAUGGCAGCCUGCUCUAUGAGAUUCAGAAGCGCUUCGGAAACAAUCAGAUCUAUACAUUCAUUGGGGACAUUCUUUUGCUUGUUAACCCAUACAAGGAACUUCCAAUUUAUUCUUCCAUGGUGUCCCAGCUGUAUUUCAGCUCCUCAGGGAAGCUGUGUUCCUCACUGCCUCCUCACCUCUUCUCCUGUGUGGAGAGAGCCUUUCACCAGCUCUUCCAGGAGCAGCGACCUCAGUGUUUCAUCCUCAGUGGAGAAAGGGGAUCAGGAAAGUCUGAAGCCAGCAAACAAAUCAUAAGACACCUCACCUGCAGGGCUGCCUCCAGCAGGGCCAUGCUGGAUUCCAGAUUCAAACAUGCCAUGUGCAUCUUAGAAGCCUUUGGACAUGCCAAGACCACACUUAAUGAUUUGUCCAGUUGCUUCAUCAAGUAUUUUGAACUGCAGUUCUGUGAGAGGAAACAACAGCUAACUGGAGCCAGAAUUUAUACAUAUUUGCUAGAGAAAUCCAGACUUGUUUCACAACCUCUUGGCCAGAGCAAUUUUCUCAUUUUCUACUUGUUGAUGGAUGGGUUAUCUGCUGAAGAAAAAUAUGGACUUCAUCUUAAUAAUUUAUGUGCACACCGGUAUUUGAACCAGACCAUGCAGGACGAUGCGUCCACAGGGGAGCGUUCUCUGAACAGGGAGAAAUUGGCUGUUUUGAAACAAGCCCUGAAUGUAGUUGGCUUCAGCAACUUGGAGGUGGAGAAUCUGUUUGUAAUUCUAGCAGCAAUAUUGCACCUUGGGGACAUUCGGUUUACUGCCCUGACUGAGGGGAACUCCGCCUUCGUUUCUGACCUCCAGCUCCUGGAACAAGUGGCUGGAAUGUUACAAGUAUCAACAGAUGAGUUGGCAUCUGCCUUAACAACUGAUAUUCAAUAUUUUAAAGGGGAUAUGAUAAUACGACGUCAUACCAUACAGAUUGCUGAGUUUUUCCGAGACCUCUUGGCCAAGUCCCUGUACAGUCGUUUGUUUAGCUUUCUGGUGAAUACCAUGAAUUCUUGCCUCCUCAGUCAAGAUGAACAGAGAAGCAUGCAGACAUUGGAUAUUGGCAUAUUGGACAUUUUUGGUUUUGAAGAGUUUCAAAAGAAUGAAUUUGAACAACUUUGUGUCAACAUGACCAAUGAGAAGAUGCACCACUAUAUCAAUGAAGUGCUUUUUCUCCACGAGCAAGUGGAAUGUGUACAAGAGGGAGUUACCAUGGAAACAGCAUAUUCUCCUGGUAGCCAGAAUGGAGUUUUGGACUUUUUUUUCCAGAAGCCAUCGGGAUUUCUCGCGUUAUUGGAUGAAGAAAGUCAAAUGAUUUGGUCAAUGGAAUCAAAUUUUCCAAAAAAGCUGCAAAGUCUCCUAGAAUCCUCAAACACAAAUGCGGUGUACUCCCCCGUGAAGGAUGGGAAUGGGAAUGUUGCCCUCAAAGACCACGGUACAGCCUUUACCAUCAUGCACUACGCAGGAAGGGUAAUGUAUGAUGUUGUUGGGGCAAUUGAAAAAAAUAAAGACUCCCUUUCACAGAAUCUUCUAUUUGUAAUGAAAACUAGUGAAAAUGUCGUGAUCAAUCAUUUGUUCCAGUCGAAAUUGUCACAGACAGGAUCCCUCGUAUCUGCCUAUCCUUCCUUUAAAUUCCGAGGACAUAAGUCUGCCCUGCUCAGUAAGAAAAUGACAGCUUCUUCAAUUAUUGGAGAAAACAAGAAUUAUCUAGAACUUAGUAAGUUAUUAAAAAAGAAAGGAACUUCUACAUUUCUUCAAAGAUUGGAACGAGGAGAUCCAGUCACCAUAGCAUCACAACUCAGGAAAUCCCUAAUGGAUAUUAUUGGAAAACUUCAGAAGUGCACUCCACACUUCAUUCAUUGCAUCAGGCCCAAUAAUUCAAAGCUGCCAGAUACUUUCGAUAAUUUUUAUGUGUCUGCUCAGCUGCAAUAUAUUGGGGUCCUGGAGAUGGUGAAGAUCUUCCGAUAUGGAUACCCUGUUCGCCUUUCCUUCUCGGAUUUCCUGUCAAGGUAUAAGCCGCUGGCUGAUACGUUCCUGCGUGAGAAGAAGGAACAUUCGGCUGCAGAGCGAUGUCGGCUUGUUCUCCAGCAGUGUAAAUUACAAGGCUGGCAGAUGGGAGUCCGAAAAGUGUUUCUAAAAUACUGGCAUGCUGACCAACUCAAUGAUUUGUGCCUACAGUUGCAGAGAAAAAUUAUAACCUGCCAAAAAGUUAUCAGAGGAUUUUUAGCACGCCAGCACCUGCUUCAGAAAAUGAGCAUCAGACAACAAGAGGUGACUUCUAUCAAUAGCUUUCUGCAGAACACAGAGGACAUGGGGCUGAAAACCUAUGACGCCCUGGUCAUUCAGAAUGCUUCAGACAUUGCCCGGGAAAAUGACCGGCUCCGUAGUGAAAUGAACGCUCCCUACCAUAAAGAGAAGUUAGAGGUCAGGAACACGCAAGAGGAAGGAAGCAAAAGAACCGAAGACAAGAGUGGACCCAGGCAUUUCCACCCCAGCUCCAUGUCAGUCUGCAUGGCCGUGGAUGGCCUGGGCCAGUGCCUCGCUGGCCCGUCCAUCUGGUCUCCUUCGCUGCACUCGGUGUUCAGCAUGGAUGACAACAGCAGCCUCCCAUCUCCACGGAAACAGCCUCCGCCCAAGCCAAAGAGGGACCCCAACACCCGACUGAGUGCUUCCUAUGAGGCUGUGAGCGCCUGUCUCUCUGCGGCCAGGGAAGCAGCCAAUGAAGGUCCUGUGCUCUGUGCUACGUUUGCUUCUGCUCUGAAACUCAGCACAAUCACACUAGAAGUGCUGGAAAAUGGAGGAGAGUCACAUAUGCAGACACUAUUUAUUUUGGAUGAACAAGCAUCUCAUUCCUCCUUUUUCUCACAGAUUAACUAUGCAGCUCUGGCCCGGCCCAGACCGCACAGCGACGACUACAGCACCAUGAAGAAGAUCCCUCCUCGAAAGCCCAAGCGCAGCCCCAACACCAAGCUCAGCGGUUCCUACGAAGAGAUAUCGGGGUCCCGGCCCGGGGACACCAGGCCCCCGGGCGCCCCAGGGACAGCAGCGCGCGUUCUGACCCCCGGGACCCCACAGUGUGCGCUGCCCCCGGCCACGCCCCCGGGGGACGAAGACGACGGCGAGCCAGUGUACAUCGAGAUGCUGGGGCACGCGGCCAGGCCCCAUAGCCCGGACCCCGGGGAGUCCGUGUACGAGGAGAUGAAGUGUUGCCUGCCCGACGACGGCGGCCCAGGCGCGGGCUCCUUCCUGCGCGCAUCGCCGCCCCUGCUCCACGGCGCGCUGGAGGACGAGGCGGCGGGGCCCCCCGGGGACACGUGCGACAUCCCGCCGCCCUUCCCCAACCUGCUGCCGCACCGGCCGCCCCUGCUAGUGUUCCCCCCGACCCCUGUCACCUGCUCCCCCGCCUCGGAUGAGUCGCCCCUGACACCCCUGGAAGUGAAGAAGCUGCCGGUCCUGGAGACCAACCUCAAGUACCCCGUGCAGUCGGAGGGGUCGAGCCCGCUGUCCCCGCAGUACUCCAAGAGCCAGAAGGGCGAUGGCGACAGGCCCGCGUCCCCCGGCCUGGCGCUGUUCAACGGGUCCGGCCGAGCCUCUCCGCCGUCCACGCCGCCCCCGCCCCCGCCCGGGCCGCCUCCCGCGCCCUUCAGACCCUGCGCGCACUUGGCCUUCCCUCCGGAGCCCGCCCCGGUGAGCUUGGGGAAAGCGGGGCCGAGCGCAGAGGCGCCCAAGGUCCACCCAAAGCCAAACUCUGCCCCUGGGGCCGGGUCCUGCAGCUCCUUCCCCAAGAUCCCGUAUUCCCCGGUGAAGGCAGCCAGGGUCGACGCCAGGAAGGCCGGCUCCAGUGCCUCUCCCCCCGCGCCCUACAGCCCUCCCAGCUCCAGGCCUCUCAGCAGCCCCCUGGACGAGCUCGCCAGCCUCUUCAACUCCGGGAGGAGUGUGCUUCGAAAAUCCGCGGCGGGAAGAAAAAUCAGGGAAGCCGAAGGUUUUGAAACUAACAUGAACCUAAGUAGUCGGGAUGACCCUAGUACAUCAGAAAUUACUUCCGAGACUCAAGAUAGAAAUGCAAAUAACCAUGGAAUUCAGUUAUCUAAUUCACUAUCUAGUGCUAUAACUGCUGAAAAUGGAAAUUCCAUCUCAAAUGGUUUACCUGAAGAAGAUGGAUACUCACGGUUGUCUAUAAGUGGCACAGGGACUUCGACAUUUCAGAGACACAGGGACAGUCACACCACUCAGGUAAUCCAUCAGCUGAGGCUCUCAGAGAAUGAAAGUGUGGCCCUGCAGGAACUCUUGGACUGGAGGAGAAAGCUCUGUGAGGAAGGACAAGACUGGCAGCAGAUCCUGCACCACGCUGAGCCCAGGGUGCCUCCCCCACCACCUUGUAAGAAGCCCAGUCUUCUGAAGAAGCCGGAAGGGGCCUCCUGCAACAGGCUGCCGUCUGAGCUCUGGGACACCACCAUUUGAUGCAGCCUGAACUGCAGACUCACAAAAUAGAACUACCUACUGAUUCCAGGCUACAACAACAGAAGGCUGCCUUCUGACACACGCUGGGUCUUCCCUCCACGCAUUUAGACAAAAAAAGCACAGGACACAGACACUAAAUAUAUGAGAUCCCGUGUGUGUGUGUGUGCGCGCGUGUGUGCGUGUGUGUGUGUGUUCUUUCUUAUCCGUCUCGUGGUGAUACACUCUGAUUUUCAGGCUCCUCAUUUAUGGCUCUGUGCUACCCCUAGGUAGCGAGAGAGAGGCUGGGAAAAGGGUGGAUGUGGCCAGAGAGGGAGAGUAGCAGAGGAAAGGAGCAAUCCAUGCACACCCUGUACAGUUGGUUUUCUACGGUUCAACAGUCUGUUUAUGGUACUUCCAAUGGUUUUAUUAUAAUACAGUAUACGGGGCAUAUAUUUUAUUUCUUUGUAGGUAUUUGUGUUUUAUUGGUAUUGUAAACCUGAUAAUUAUUUACAUGUUUAUUACUGUAAUUUUAUAACUUUACGCAAUUGGUGGUGCUUCCUUUCUUCAAAAUACAGAUUUUAAAAAAUAAUUUCUAGAUUAUUUUUUUUCCUCCACAGUCCUUUUUUUUAACCUAACGCACCUGAAAUCUUGAAACUACAUUGUUGUUUUAGCUUCGCCAGUGUCACCCCUUGCAAAACUAUGAAUUGAGUCCCACGUGUUGGGUGUUACUCAUGGAUGAGGAGGCUGUUCUUUCCUAUGCCCUGUAUUUCUGGAUAAGUGGAUUGUGCACCCUUUAGUUCAAUUUCACCUCCCGACUUUAGCAUAGAUCACAGGAAAUCACAUGGCACUUGGUUAAACACGUAUGGCUUCAAAUCCAUAGCUGGUGGUGUAAAAUGGUCAUAUUCAUUCAAAGGUCUACACAGUACAAAGGAGCACGCUGCCACGUACUGUUUUGAGCAGUAGGGACUGCAUCGCACAACGUUCGUCCCCCAGGACUUCCACUGCAUGAUUCCCUCGCUGUAUAUCCUCAACCCUCCCAUAAUGCAAGGCCUUGUUCAUUGAUGUGCUUUCGUUGGCUGUGGGAAGUUCUGAGCAGUGGCUCCAGACCACCUUGUCUUGCUACUUGGAACUUUUUAUUCAUACCAGCCUUUGAAAAGUUACUGUGCCAAUAAAGAGGUACAACUGUGUUCUUCUAUU